UACAGGGAGUACCAGUACCAGAUCAAUGUGCAGAGGUACGAGGUAUUUGAGUUAGAUAUGUACAUGAAGGCAGGGUAGGCAUCGGUAUAGAUAAUAAUGAGAAUAAAAUAAAGAAACCACAUGGACAGACAGCUUUAAUCAAUUAUCUCCGAUUAAUCAGAGAUAAUGUAGUGCACCGUGUCAGCAUUUUGUCAUGCGGUGUCUAUCAUCAAGUUAAAUUAUUAUAUAAAACCCUUGUCCAUUUUGGUGAUUACUGUCACUGGUCGAGAGUCUCGACGACCCACAGACAAGAGUUAUUUUUAGAUUCAGAUAAACCUAUUGCUGGAUAAAUAGGUUAAUCUAUUCUUUACGCAGCAUCGGACUGAGUACUACAUCAUGUACUGGUACCAAGACAGCCAGUCAGGUCAAAGAUUUAGAAGUAGGGUAUUAGGGAAAGGACAACGCCUCUAGAUCUGUUUAGCGAACGGUCUCUCCUUUUUGGCUUUGAAUAGUUUUCCGGGAUUGAACCAGCUGUCUGUCACAACAAAGAUGGAGGAGAAAGCUAGCUAGAUAGCACUGUACAUCCACCGAGGACCUCAAAGCUAAAACAACAUUGGACCAGUUUCUCUACUGAUUAUAUAUAUAUAUAUAUAUUUUUUUUUUUUGGAUAUCGUGAUUUUCAAGAUGGAUACUGCCGUAUUUCCCGAGGAUGUCGUUGUAAAAAAGGUUUCCAUCGUUGGAUCGGAGCUCGUAGAGAAUUACACUGUGUAUGUCAUUGAGGUGAAAGUAAGGGAUCACAGAUGGACCAUAAAGCAUCGCUACAGUGAUUUCCAUGACUUGCAUGAGAAACUGACAGCUGAGAAGAAGAUAGAGAAACAUUUACUGCCGCCUAAGAAGAUGAUUGGUAAAAACUCCAAAAGCCUGGUAGAGAAACGUCAGAAGGAACUGGAAGUCUACCUACAAACACUGCUGGUCAGAUUCCCUACAGCUGCCCCUAAAGUCCUCUCCUACUUUCUGCACUUCCACCAAUAUGAAAUUAAUGGAAUCACAGCCGCUCUGGCAGAGGAGCUGUUCCACAAGGGAGAGCAGUUGCUGGUGGCUGGUGAGGUGUUCACAUUGUGUCCCCUCCAGCUGUAUGCCAUCACUCAGCAGCUGAAGCUGGCCAAGCCUACCUGCUCUAAUGGUGACGCCAAGGCAGACCUGGGACACAUCCUGGACUUCACCUGCAGACUCAAAUACCUCAAGAUCACAGGCACCAGAGGAGAGGUGGGGACCAGUAACAUCCAGGAAGACAGCCUCACGUUUGACCUUUCAGUCUUUAAAGCUCUCCUACAGAUAGAGAUAAGUGACUGUAACUCGGCCCAGAUCAUGGGACUGCCUUCUCUGAAACCCUGUCUGGUCACGCUGAAUGUCCACCACUCUGCAGCAUCCAUGAUGGAUGUGCUGGUUCCGGAGGCAUGCGUGUCCCCUCAGUGGGUCGCAGAGGGAGCGCUUACAGACCGGCCCGUUGCCACCAUCAUCCCUACCUGGAAGACUCUCACCACCCUGGACAUGAGCCACAACCACAUAGGCUGCAUAGACAACUCAGUGAAAUUGAUACCAAAAGUCGAAUUCUUAGAUCUUAGUUCCAACGAGCUCUCUAUGGUGGAAAACCUUCAGCACCUGUACAAUCUGAUCCACCUGGACCUUUCUUACAACAUUCUGACAGUGUUAGAAGGGGCCCACACCAAACUGGGUAACAUCAAGACCCUCAACCUGGCAGGCAACCAGCUCGACAGCCUCGCAGGCCUCACUAAACUAUACUCUCUGGUUAACCUGGACCUCAGCUCCAACAAACUGGGACAGCUUGAGGAGAUCAGGUACAUAGGAAUGCUGCCCUGCCUGGAGAGGCUGGUCCUGUCUAACAACCCCAUGUGUAUCAUCCCUGACUACAGAACCAAGGUGCUGGCUCAGUUCUGGGACCGCGCCUCAGAGGUAUGCUUGGACAGCACUGCGCCGACAGAGAAAGAGCUGGACACUGUGGAGGUGUUGAAAGCUAUUCAGAAAGCCAAAGAAUCUAAAGACCGAAUGGCCAACAACAACGAAAAGAAGAUCAGUGAGGACUCCAGGCUGUCUGGUGGUGGAUCUUCCAUCUCCUCCUCUGUCGCUGCCGCCUCUUCCUCCUCUUCCUCUCUCCUCUCCUCAGCCCUAGCCCCAGCCUGCUCCAGCCAAGAAUUGAUAUGUAAAGAAGAAGGCUUUGUUACCCCUACAAUAUUGACUCCUGUGGAUUUUAUUGCACUUGAUACCCAGCGAUGCUAUGAUGUAAACACACUGCCUUGUGAGGAACAACUACAGGUUACCAGCCACCAACCUGAUGAUUCUAGAUCUUUUGAACGCUCCAGUACCCAACAGAACCAGAACAGUAGCUGCUGCUGCUGUGUGGAGGACAGAGAGGAGCGAUACACAUGGAGCAACACUAACCUGAGGACCCCUGUGCUCCCCCUCCACCUCCCCUCCACCUCCUCCUGUCCGUCCUUCACCUCCCUGCUGUCUGCCCGCAUCACCAGAGCCCUGGGAGAGGAGAACAGGAGGCCCAGCAGACUCCGAGAUCUCCCCAGCCAGGAAGAGACUGAUCUGGGCAGCCCCAGUCCAAGCCCCUCCUCUGGAGAUGGAUACUUUGAGAUGGGUCUGGGGGAGGGAAAGGAGAGGGAGGGAGAGGAGGGGUCCCUGACUGACCCGGUAGAGGGAGAGAACCAGGCCCUAGAGACAGAGGUGUUACGUGUGACCAAAGUCAUGUGGUGCCACUGCAUCAGGGUUGAUGAUGUGGUGGAGCAGAGGUCGGUGUGUGUGGUGCUAACAAACAGUCUACUGGGGCUGUUCCACUGUCCUCGUCACCCCUCCACAGCCCCAACCCAUCAACCCCAGAGCCAGCCUCACGACCUUGGCUCAGUCACAGUCCAGACCCAGGGCCUAACCCUACAAACUCUAGUAGAUAACCUGGAGCCAGACCUCGUCCUUCCCUACGACCAGCUAGACUCUCUCCUCUUCUACAUCCCAGACACUUGCCUUUCCCUGAGGGUGAGGUCCUCUGAUGUCCACUGGUACCUCUUCUCAGACCCCGAGGGUUUAAAAGAGACCCACUCCCUGCUCUGCUCCCUGGCCCAGCUCCCCUCCUCCCCGUUAGGAGGACUCUCCACCCCACAGCAGCUCCUCCACCUGCUCUUCACCUCCUGGGAGAUGGAAGAGAACCAGAGCUGUGUGAAAGGAGGUUAUGCAGCACAUCUAGUGGAGACUGCCAUGUUGUCGUCCCAGACCAGCCAGCGGACAACCUCCUCAACAAACCCAACUCUCACUCCAACGAAGACCUCUACUAACCCAGAUACCUUCACCCUCCAAACUCUAACCAAUCCCCUUCUCUCUGACAUCCUAUCCCACGUAGUUCCAGGAGGGGACAGAGCCUCCUCCUGCUGUGUCCCCUGUGUCCUGUUCUUGACCCAGCGCCAUCUCUGUGUGCUGAAGGUGGACUUCAAAGCUCUGGCCCGGGGAACCACCGGAGAUGAACCGUCAGACGACCACAACCAGAGGCUCCGCUCCUGCUCCAGGCUCAGCCGCAUCCCCCUGGCCUCCGUGCUGCCCCACCCAAGGCAGAGUGCCCUGUAUGGGGCUGGUGCUGGGUCUAUCCCUGCCUACUCUCCCAGCUGCCCCUUGCACCACCGCUCCCCCAGAGACAGCCGUGUCAUGGAGCUCCUAGUGGGACAGGAGAGGGUCACAGCGGUGUUCCCGUUUCCUCACGACAGGCUCCGUUUCCAGAAACAGUUCACCCUGCUGCGCUCCAGCCUCAGGGACAUCAAGACUGUGGCUUUCCUGCAGGGGGGGAACGAACAUAGCCACAGUCCCAGGACGAUAAACAUACACACUCCCAAUGAGACCAAGAGCACAGACAGACUGCAGGUUAACAGCCCUCGAGGUGCUCAGCGUCCUCGGCCAUCCCUGUCCCUGUCCUACCCAACAGACAUCCUGGUGGAGAAGCUGACCGGAGACAAUCAGGUCCCAUCCCACCUGUCCCUGUCCCCAGCCCUGUCCCUCGUCUCUGGGCUUAGGGGACACCAGCUGCUGGGGUUCUUCCACACAAACAUUGCAGAGGAAGAGAAGGAAGAGCUGCAUCACAUCCUGUGGUCAUCUGUGGUUUUUUAUAAGUCACCUGAUGUCGAGGCCACUUCCUGUAUCAUGCUCUCUACUAAAGCCCUCUACUUCCUGCUGGAUGACUCCGCCUCCACGCUCAAUGACCAAUCACUACUGUGGGACUGGAGCCACUGUGACCAUCGGGACCCAGAGCUGGUCAUGUCUUACUGUUUCACCAUCGACCUCCACGACCUCCACUCUGUCAACGUGGGCCUGUUCGACCAGUACUUCAGGGUGGUGGGACCGUCAGCGGACCACAUCAUCUGCUGUCUGACGAGGGACAGUUACGGGACACACCGCUUCCUGCAGCAGCUGAUGACGGUCCUCUCUCUACAGGACAAACUACCCUCUCCUGAACCCUCCGAACAAGACUUCUACACACAGUUUGGAAAUAAAUCUACAGGUAAGAUGGGGAACUAUGAACUGGUCCACUCUAGCAGGGUAAAGUUCAUCUACCCCAGCGAAGAAGAGAUUGGAGACCUGACCUUUAUCGUAGCCGAGAGGAAAGGUCCCUCUGGGGCAUCCAGCUGUAAUAUCCUGCUCUACGUCCUGGUCUUCCAGGUGCAGACCCAGGGGCUAGGUUUCUCCCAGACCCAGGGGCCUGUCCUCCAUCCUAAGACUCUGAUCCUAACCAGCACAGACGUUUUCCUGUUGGAUGAGGAUUAUAUCAGCUACCCGCUGCCGGACUUUGCCAAGGAGCCCCCUCCCCGAGACAAGUACCAACUGACCGACGCUCGACGAAUAAGAGACCUGGAUAGAGUCCUCAUGGGUUACCAGACGUACCCUCAGGCGCUGACGUUAGUCUUCGACGAUGUCCCUGGGCCAGACCUCCUCUGUCAGCUUACCAUGGACCACUUUGGAGAAGAGGAGGAGGUGGGAGGAGGAGGAGGAGGGGAGAAGGGGAGGAGUUGUGGCAGAACAGAGAGCGAGGUACUGUGGUGUAUCUAUGUCCCCGGAGCAGACAGCAGGGAGAGGCUGAUAUGUCUGUUAGCAAGACAGUGGGAAGUGCUGUGUAGUAGGGAGCUGCCUGUAGAACUCACUGGCUGACUGGCUGGUUAUUCUGCCUGUAGAAGUCACUGGCUAACUAGCUGGUUAUUCUGCCUGUAGAAGUCACUGGCUGACUGGCUGGUUCUUCUGCCGGUAGAAGUCACUGGUUGGCUGACUGGUUCUUCUGCCUGUAGAAGUCACUGGUUGGCUGACUGGUUCUUCUGCCUGUAGAAGUCACUGGUUGGCUGACUGGUUCCUCUGCCUGUAGAACUAACUGGCUGCCUGACUGGUUCUUCUGCUUGUAGAACUCACUGGCUGCCUGACUGGUUCUUCUGCCGGUAGAACUGACUGGCUGGUUCUUCUGCCGGUAGAAGUCACUGGUUGGCUGGCUGGUUCUUCUGCCGGUAGAAGUCACUGGCUGACUGGCUGGUUCUUCUGCCUGGUAGAACUCACUGGCUGA